CACAAUGUUUUCAAUUACAUAUAUUGCUCUUUCUGUUUUCUUUUUGAUUCAUUGCUCCGAUGCUUUACUCAAUGUUAUCGGAAGCACUCAAAGUGUUACUGUAACGGGAAAAUUGGUUUGUGAAGGACAGCCAGCCAGUGGAGUUCUCGUGAAGAUGUAUGACGAUGGAACGAUAUAUGACUCGAAAUUAGGUUCGACGACCACCUCAUCUGAUGGAACAUUUUCUGUUUCUGGAACAUAUACAGAUAUUUUAACAUUGGAUCCAAAAGUGAAUAUAUAUCAUAGUUGUAAUUACAAUGGACCAUGUUCAAAGAAAGUGACAAUCAAUAUUCCUGAUUAUGCAGUUGCAUCUGGAAGUAGCUCGACUGAUAAUUAUGAUAUUGGAACUUUGAACUUAGCUAAUCAGUUCAGUGGAGAAACCACUGAUUGUAUCCAUUGAAUGUGUACUUCCUAAUAAAUUUGUUUCUAGAAU